CCGCUAUGAAGAAUUUAGCCCCCCCAGCCGUCUUUUGUCUCAGCCGUUGCGCGGGCGCGCUUUUAGCCGCUAUUCCCCGCGAUCCAGGCGCCCUCAGCAACUUUUCGCCUCUAGCCACAUCUUCCUAUUCUUCUCAUUAUUAGCCAAUAUUAUUAAUAAUGUCCUGUCCAGCAGCCUCCGUCCAUUAGGAGCAGAAAUGUCGCAGGUCAAGCCUACUGCUGGGCUAGGAUUCGGCGUCCUGGAAAACAAUGGGCACACCGUUUCGAACAGUUUUGCUCGUAAUGGGGCAACCAUCUUAAGGAUAGUCCCACCUAAUGCUUCUAUGCUAUCCAAUAAAUUAUGCCCCAUUCCAAUUGUUAAGAAAAAUGUGACUCCAAUGUGUGUGAAUAAGGUUUCGAAAUUGAAUAUUAUUGAUCCUACUGGCUUAAAGAUUGUGCCCUACAGUGCAUCCUCUUAUAUAGAGCAGAGGACUAUGCAAGCAGUGCCGAAAGCAGUCCCUUGUACAUCAAAGGUUCAUUCAUCUGAGAGAAAGCCCACCACAGUGCCACCCAAACUGUUGAUAGGAUCUAAUGUUGUGUCAGCAAACCAUUUCGUAAUGCCUCAAGGACAGAGGCCUGCAGCUCAAGGACAAAAGCUUGCAACUGUUCAAGGACAGAAGCUUGUAACUGCUCAAGGACAGACGUUUGUAACUGCUCAAGGACAGAAGUUCGUAACUGUUCAAGGACAGAAGCUUGUAGCUCAAGGACAGAAGCGUCUGGCAGUGCUGGAAGAUGUUACCAAUAAGGUGUCAAACCAUUCAUCUGAGAAGCCUAUUACAGUACAACCAAAAAUUGAGUUUUUAUCUAAAGUAGUUUCAAGUAGAAGAAUUUUCAGUAAGGGAAGGUGGGGACCCAUGUAUCACGGGGUCCCAUGA